AUGCCAGCAAUCAAGCACCCCGUAAAGAUCAACGUCGAUCUAGGCGAAGGCUACGGAAACUUCAAAUGCGGACCAGAUGAGGAAUUAAUCCCACUAAUUGACUAUGCAAAUGUAGCCUGCGGCUUUCACGCCGGCGACCCCCUAAUAAUGCACAACACAAUCCUCCUCUGCAAAUCCCACUCCAUAGCCGUAGGCGCGCACCCAGGCCUCCCCGACAUCCAAGGCUUCGGGCGGCGCGAAAUCUCCAUGACGCCCGAAGAACUCACCGCCUUGACCCGCUACCAAGUCGGCGCUCUGCAAGCCUUUCUCGACGCCGAAAACAUGCCGCUGAACCACGUGAAGCCGCACGGCGUCCUCUACGGCAUGAUGUACCGCGAUGAAACGGUUUGUCGGGCGGUGUACGCGGGGGUGCCGCGGGGAACGACGGUGUUUGGGCUCGCGGGCACGAAUCAUGAGAGGGUGGCGAGGGAGAUGGGUUUGGGGUUUGUGGCCGAGGUGUAUGGGGAUGUCAAGUAUAAUAGGGAUGGGACGUUGGUUAUUGAUCGGAAGAAGAAGCCGUGGCAUCCGGAUGAGACGAGGAGGCAUGUAAGGAGUCAGGUGGAGAAUGCGACUGUGACGGCGGUGACGGGUGAGGAGGUAAAGUUGCCGGUGGGCGAUUACGAGGUUUCGCUUUGUUGCCAUUCGGAUUCGCCGGGGGCAGUGGAGAUUGUUAAGGCAGCGAGGGAGAUUGUGGAUGAGUUUAAUAGUAAGCACUUUCCUAAGUCGUAG